AGUGAAGGGUCAAUUAGUAAGCUUUAUUAGUGCCACUGGUGUUAAUUAGCUGAUGGUAAACUGCAGAUUCAGUGUGAGCGGGUAGCUGCAGUGUCUUGGUGAAUCAUGGCUCGAACUGGGUUUUGUGAUUCCAGGCAACUGUUGGACCUCCAUAUGACUGAUGACAGACAAGUGCCCCUGCGGACGUGGACAAACUCCUGUGUUCUGAGGGAGCGCAGGGUGUUUGAUGAAGGAGAGGAGUUGGGUCCGGGGCAGCACUACAAACCCACACAGGAGAGUCGAUGGGUAACUGCAGCUCUUAUGUCUUUAUGUGCCAAGGUUCGAAGGCUUCCCAUUUCUGCAGAGGAUGGGAUCAUAAUGGAUUACGCUCCGCAGGAUGAGUCAAUGCCUUCAGAUGUCUAUGAAGAGGAGGCUUUGCUGAAGUGUCUGAACAGGUUGCCAGGUCCACCUAGUCUGCGAGAACUGAUGCCUGGACUUCUGCGCAGAGAGGUGGAAGUAGCCAUCAGUAAGCUGGGGCUCCUCUAUGAUAAGACCUAUGCAUGGGACAUCUUUUCAGACAUGAUGAGAAGUCAGCUACUAUGCACUCUCCCAAACGCUGACCUGCCCAAGCAUUUCAGUGACACAUCGAGAGCUAUCUUGGUUGACUGGCUAAUUCAAGUCCAUGAAGUGUUUCAGUUCUCGGAGGAAACGUUGUAUCUGGCAGUUCACCUGUUGAAUCGAGCACUAAGGCUCAUCAAAGUGUCCAUCUCUGGCCUGCAGUUACUGGGUGUGGUUUGCCUUUUUCUGGCUGCUAAAAAAGAGGAAUGUCUGUUACCAGAGGUGUCAGAGCUCUGCUAUCUGAUGGAGAAUGCCUACAGUAAGAAACAGCUGCUACGGAUGGAGAGGAGGGUUUUAACUGGGCUCAAGUUUGAUCUCUAUCACUGUCCCCCUCUUCAUUUUCUUCUCAUCUCUGCUUCCAUCGCACGCUGCAGCAAUAAGGUGGUCUGGAUGGCACGAUACCUGUUGGAGCUUUCGCUCUUGGAGGGGCAAUGUGUGGUGUAUCUGCCCGCCCAGCUGGCAGGUGCUGCCCUCCUUCUGGCCCGCAGGAUCCUGCAGGAAGCUCCUUCUGAUGGAGAGAUGGCCUGGUGCAUUGCCGGUAGUAUCCAUAUAGGAAGUGAAGCAGCUCUCCUCAGUAUAAUGCAGAUCAUGGCCGUGGCAGCAGCGAGAGCACAUGCUCGUGAGACCCGUGCCACUUACAUCAAGUUCUCUACUAUACAAACCCUCCAUGUCAGCAUGCACCCUGCCCUGAAAGCUGCCCCUGGCCUACUGGGCCUGUCGUGCCCUCAGACGUGAUGAGGCAAAAUAGGGCUGGAAAUGUUCAGGACCGCUGCAUAGCACUACUACUCUAAGAAGGGAAAGAAAUGCUGAAUAUGGCCAAGUCAGGAGGAUUGUUGUCUUGGUUACUCUACCUGGACUGAAUUGUUUUCUGUAACUUUUUAUAGUAAUCUUGUCACUUGAUGUAAAAGGAUAAAGAAAAAAAUUGUGUAUUUAUGUCUUUGUAGCUUUUAAGUGUUUAUCAAUGCUAUGGUGAAAAAUGUGUAUAUACUGGAGUAUGGUGUCUUAUGGAAUUAAAGCAUUUUGAAACA